AUGGAAAUAUCAAAUGUGACUAAGAAGAAUAAGGAGGAAGAAAUGGAGGGACAUGACAUAGUUGAUGAAAUUAUUAUGGCAAAGCUUGAAAAGGUUAAAGACCCAAUACGUGAUGUUUAUCGCUACUGCUACCAAGGAUUUUGGAUUCAAGACUUUGCAUUAAAAGGAAUAAUAUCCUUUCAAACUCAAUUUGUGGCUCGAGAUGAUGAUAGUACUCCAAUUACUUUUUGGGAUAUCCAUUUUCAACCGAAGAAGAAAAUCGAACAAUUAUGUAGCUUUGAGAAUUUGAAAAUUUUGGAUGUAAAUAAGACCGGCAAACAGAUUGUUGGGUCGUCUGAGUUGUCUAAUAGUUCAUUCUUUAAAAAAAGUGAGGUGGGAGAUUGGGUGAACUAUUUAACUCCUCAAAUGAUUGAGCAUGGAAAGAAGCUUAUUGAAGAAAAAAUUGGACAAUAUAAUUUAAUGUUUGAUUUCUAG